AUGUACCCAACGAGCUAUACGGACGGGCGCCUUGACAGCACCCUCGGGCAGCUGCGGCCGCUCUUCAAGAAGGCCUUUGGCGUGCAGGGUGAGUGCGACGUGGAGUGGAUUCUCUUCACCUUUGCCCCCGGACGGGUCAACUUCAUUGGCGAGCACGUCGACUACAUGGGCGGGUACGUCUGCCCCGCCGCGGUGGGGGACGGCUGCCACAUUCUGGUGGGCCGCGUGAAGCACUUCACCGACGACAAGCUGCGCUUUGCCACCACCCUCGGUGAGUUCUUCGAGCUUGACAGCCUCGGCGCGUCGCAGCACGACAAGGCGUGGACGACCUUUAUCCGCGGUGCGGUCUCGAUUCGCCUCGCCCACCACGGCGUAAAGCUUGGCGCCGCGCCUCUGAAGGGGCUCUGCAUGAUGAUCCUCGGAACGCUCGAGAUGGGGGCUGGCAUGAGCGCCUCCGCCUCGUUCGGUAUCGCGCUGCUCAACGCGCUGAGCACGACGAUCACCGGCCGCUACAAGCACCCCCGCCUGCCGCCUGGGCGGCGCUACUCCGUCCUCCCCCGCGAGUCGCCCCACGAUAUGAUCGAGCUUGUGAAGCAGGGCCGCCGCAUCGAGACCGACUUCUGCGGUGCGCAGGUUGGCAUCAUGGACCAGUUCGUCUCCGCCUUCGCCGUUGCGAACAAGUUCUUGGUGCUUGACUGCACCGCGCUGACGUACAAGCUCUGCGACAUCACACCAGUGACAGGCGACGACGCCUGCUUCCUCCUCAUCGAUUCGAUGCUGAAGCACGACCUGAUGGGGAAAACGGCGGGGACGUACAACACCGUGCGCAGUGACCAGGAACAUGCACAGGAGAAGAUCUCAAAGCACGCCUUGGGCGGAGGUUCCUUCACAUUCACCGAGCUUGUGCGUGACCCAACCAAGUACGCCUCUGACGGUAACGCUGUCCGCUUCAUGAAGUCGUGCCAGAAGCACCUUUCCCGCAGAGAAUUCGACCGCGCUUACUACAACGUCACCGAGCAGAUCCGCACGCGUGAGUUCAUCGCCCUCACGGAUACGAGCACCGGCCUGUCGCACGAGGAGCGGUUCAGGGAGGCGGGCCGCAUCCUCAACGAGACGCAUGAAGGCUUGAAGACGCUUCUGAAGGUCUCGACGGAGGAGCUGGACUUCAUUCAUGAGAUUAUCAACAAAAACAGCGACGUCGCGGGCGGACGCAUGAUGGGCGGCGGCUUUGGCGGCUGCAUCAUCCUGCUGCUCAAGAAGCGUGCCGUGGACGAGGUGGUGCGCGAAGUUCGUGAAAAGUUCAAGGCGCGCUUUGGCGUGGUGAACAAGGUCUACCCCGUGGUGAUGGGCGACGGCGCCUUUGUGGUGUCGUUGGCUGCCGAUAACAAGCGCGGUAGCAGCCUGUAA